GGAGGUGGUUUGUUGGUAGUUUGAAAUGUUACGUGAACUAGUUCUUAUUUCUUUGGUUGCUGUUGCGGUUGCUGGGCCACGUGGACCAUUUGGACCAGGUGGUCCACAUGGACCACAUGGACCAGGUGGGCCAUCUAGACCACCUGGACCAAAUGGACCACAUAGACCACCUGGACCAAAUGGUCCACCUGGUCCAAAUGGACCACCUGGACAAUCUAGACCACCUGGUCCAAAUGGACCACCUGGACCACAAGUUAACAAUCAAACCCAAUUCUACAAUUCAUCAUCAGUAAACUCAACAUCUACCGAAUGGUGGCGAGACACUUUUAUCUACCAAAUCUACCCCCGAAGUUUCAAAGACAGUAACGGUGACGGUAUUGGCGACCUGAACGGAGUCCUGGAAAAGAUCGACCAUUUCGCUGACAUGAAUGUCAGCGCUCUCUGGUUCUCCCCAAUCUUCAAAUCCCCCAUGGCAGACUACGGCUACGAUAUCUCCAACUUCACGGACAUCGACCCACUAUUCGGCUCCCUAUCAGACUUCAAGAACAUAACUGCAGCAGCGCACAAAAGAGGUCUUAAGGUAAUCCUCGACUGGGUACCCAACCACUCCUCAGACGAGCACCCGUGGUUCAACAAAUCCAUCAACCGGAUCAAGCCCUACGAUGACUACUAUAUCUGGCGGGACGCCAAAAUCGUCAACGGAACCCGCCAACCACCCAACAACUGGCUGAGUAUCUUCUUGGGCUCAGCUUGGACCUGGAACGACGUCAGGAAGCAGUACUACCUCCACCAGUUCCUGGACAAGCAGCCGGACUUGAAUUUCCGCAAUGCAGAUUUGAGGAAAGAAAUGGAAGACGCUUUGAUCUUCUGGGCGAACAAUGGUGCUGAUGGCUUCAGAAUCGACUCGAUGAUCUUCAUGUACGAGGAUUCUCAAUUCCGUGAUGAACCCUUGAUCCCCAACACUGGAAAACCUGCUGAUGAUCCAGCAACCUUGGACCACAUUUACACCCAAAAUCAACCUGAAGGCUACGACUUGCUCAAAACCUGGAGGGACAAGCUUGAUGCUAUCGGAGGCAACCAGAGGAAGUUCAUAAUCAUGACUGAAGCCUACACUACCCUUCCUCUCACAGUUAAGUACUACAAAUACGGCGCUAAUGUCCCUUUUAACUUCAUGUUCGUAACAGGACUUAACAACAAAUCCUCAGCUUUAGAUUUCAAGCGUAGCAUCGACGGCUGGCUGAACAACAUCCCCGAGGGUGACUACGUCGCCAACUGGGUGGUAGACAACCACGACAACCAGCGAGUCGCCAACCGCUUUGGUCCUAAACGAGCUGACCAAUUGACAAUGCUAGCUGCUGUCCUUCCAGGUGUUGGAGUCGUCUUCAACGGCGACGAAAUCGGUAUGAUUGGCGCCAAGAUCUCCUGGGCGGAAACUGUUGAUCCCCAAGCUUGUCUAGCUGGUCCCGAUCGCUACUUAAGUGUCACCAGAGAUCCUGAAAGGACUCCCUUCCAGUGGGACAGCUCCACCAGCGCUGGGUUCUCCAGCAGCAACAAAACCUGGCUACCAGUCAAUCCCAAUUACAAAACCCUUAACCUAGCCAAUCAAAAGAACGAUCCUGAUUCUCACUAUGGAGUCUUUAAACGUCUAGUUGCUUUGAAGUCCAAGGAAGUUGUUAAAAAGGGAGAUACUGAAGUCAUCCUGGCUACUGAAAACGUUCUUAGUGUCGUCAGGAGGCUACCUAAUCAAAAUCCAGUUGUCCUACUGGUCAAUUUUAAGACUACCAAGGUUACCAUUGAUGCUGCUGGUUGGUUGAACAUCCCUAGUAACUUGACCGUCUAUGCUGCUAGUGUUGGAUCCAAUAUUAAAACUGGGUCCAAGGUUGAUACCUCCAAAUUCAAUCUUCCUGGUGCUGCCUCUGUUAUUCUUUAUUAGUUUAAAUUUUUCUGUAGAUUUCUUUAAAUAAAUCUUGUUAUUGCAAA